AUGAGUCUACGUGCAUUGGCGUUAAGACCUACUGCUAGGGUUCUUUUGAAUCGGUCCGCUGUUGGUGGGACAGUCCGGUGCUUCUCUGUAUCGACGAGGGUGAAUUCGAAGUCUGGUGUUCCAGAGGACCCAAAGACCAAGGCGCAGUCGAUCAUCGAUGCGUUGCCUGGGAACAGUGUCCUGUCGAAGACGGGGAUCUUGGGGACUUCCGCUGCGGCAGCGAUCUACGCGAUAUCUAAUGAGCUGUACGUGAUCAACGAGGAGUCCAUUUUGCUGCUGAGUUUCUUGACCGUCGGGGCGCUGAUGGCGAAGUUUGCAGCUCCAGCUUAUAACACUUUUGCAGAGGCGAGAAUGAAGAAAGUCGCAGAUGUGCUGAAUGCGUCCAGAGAGAGGCAUGUCAGCGCGGUUAAGGAGAGAAUCGAUUCCGUGUCUGAGCUAACCAACGUCUCCCAGAUUACAAAAGUCUUGUUCGACGUCUCGAAGGAGACCGUGGAGCUGGAGGCCAAGGCGUUCGAAUUGAAGCAGAAAGUCGACCUGGCUCAGCAUGCUAGGUCUGUUUUGGACUCGUGGGUCAGAUACGAGGCGUCGCUGCGCCAAUUGGAGCAGAGAAAGACCGUAGAGGCGUUGAUAGCCAAGGUGCAAUCAGAACUGGACAACCCUAAAUUCCAGGACAAAAUCUUACAACAGUCCAUCGCUGACGUGGAAAAAGUGUUUAGUACUUUGAAGUAG